AUGGGCACUAUAUCUAGGUCUCGAAAUAUACCAAACAGCAAGGAUCCUCUUCGAGGAGUGUCUGAUGUUCGCCAGCAGUUAAUAUCAUCACUACUUCGGCUCAUUAAAAUCUCACCCCCUCAGCGACCAGGAACUGCCGCGAAUCAGAGUGGAUCGAAUGGACUGUUUUCAGGACCAACUUCUCUGGCAUAUCUAUUUCUUUGGUUAUCUGAAACUCAUCCAGAUCUAAAUAUUGAUAAAAGGUCACCUCGAGAGUGGUGCCUUGCUUACCUAGAUUCAGGUUCCGGUGACCUAACCCACGCUCAGGGCUUGAGGGGAUGGGGCAUUAUGAACGAAUACCUUGCAUGGAAUAUCGUAAAAGCAGCGGUAACAGGGGAAGAAUCGUCGGUAUUGAAGCUAGUGAAAGCCGUGGAAAUUGACUUUCGGUAUUGCCCUAACGACGACAACGAGUUUUUCUCUGGUCGUGCAGGCACGCUCGCCUUGCUCCGCAUUGUUCGACAUUUCGUUCCUAGCGUGGCAGACCAAGUAAAUCGGUGUAUACCGUCUCUAACCAGCCAUAUUUUGACGCACGCACCAUGGUAUUUCCAUGGUCGCUCUUAUAUUGGCGCGGCCCAUGGGAAUAUUGGCAAAUAA